AAGAAGCAGAAGAAGAAGAAGUGCGAGAAACGUCAAACAAAAGUUUGUUUUUAUUUACUUUUGCAACCGCAACUCUCAUUCACAACAGUCUCGCCAAAAAAGACCCUUUCCGCGCAAGAAAAACUAUAAAUGGAAAGUGAAAAUCGUGAAAUGGAGGAUUUUGCACGUCUCUUUGCCAAACUGCCGGAUGUGUGCCGCGUUUGCUUUUCAGAAAAUCAAUCAGAUUUGUACCACAUCGACGACGUGUACGUGAAGCCCACCAGUAUAGAGCAUAUGAAUUCUUUCCGCGCCAUUCUAGCGGUUUUUGUGAAUGACGAGUUCGAAUCACAUAGAGAGCUAAUACCGACAAGUAUUUGUGCCGAUUGUACAGCUCGAGCACAGAGCGCGUUCCAGUUCAUUGAGCAAUGCCAACGAUCCGACAUGCGUUUGGAGGAAUGCUUUAAGAGCAUAGGUUCAGAAAAGACUCUUCAAAUUGAACCCGAUGUCCCAAUCAUAUCUCAGCAAUUAUCUCACGAACAAUGCAAGACGCAAGAAAUCAGGACCUCAGUGCACGUAACGCAAUCACAUUUGAACAACAGUAGGCAAACAUGUGUCAAGAAACGGUCCGAAAUCCAGGGCAAGAAACUACAAAAGAGCGCCACAAAGUCCCGAUGGUACUGUGAUACGUGCGAUAAGAGCUUCAGCCAGCCGCAGACGUUGCGCAGACACAGCCGGAUACACGAUCAGACGGGCAACAGUAAGAUCGACUGCGAACGGUGUGGUCGCCAAUUUUUGCGAUCGGAUGAUUUAACGAGACACAUGCGCACGCACACCGGCGAACGUCCGUACGAGUGUAAAUUGUGCUCGAAAACUUACAAGCAGGGAUCCGAGCUGAAAGAACACUUGUUGACCCACAGCCGGGAAAAGCAUUUCAAGUGCACGGAGUGCGACAAACAGUUUUCCUCGCGUAAUGGACUGUACGUGCAUUUGAAGGUGCACCGGGGAGAAAAACCGCACGCUUGUCCACAUUGCGACAAGCGAUUUACCACCUCCAGCGAGCGUGUUUCCCACGUCCGCCACAUACACCAGCCACAAAAGUGACCGAAGGUUUUACGAGAGCUGUACAGACGUAAACCUCGUUUCCCCCAUCGCCUUUAUUUGCGCUAUUGCUCCCAAUAAAAAGGGCAGGUGUUGAACAUGAAACUA